AUGCUCGGUCCUCACACUCCCCAGAGGCACCCUGCCACGGCCAGUCCGUCUUGUCCCCGGCUGACAGGACGCAUCAUGUGGCUGCCGACAAGGGACACGAUGGACUUGGGCUUCGAGCCCGGCGUCUACAACCACCCCGUCGUUGUCCUGUCGCCCAUGCUGAGUGCCGGCGAGUUGACUUCGUUUGGAGGGACCAGCCUCGUGGACAAGUUUCCUACCGAGACGAAAGCCAGGGGCCGUUACCUGCCUAUCAAGCCGAGUGCUCCUCAUCCCGACAACAAGAUACUGCUCGAGCUGUGCGAGGCCGAGGACAGGCUGAUAAAGGACUCGUAUGUGAACAUCGGCAAGGUUCUCAGAGCUAAAUUCAAGGCACUGCGGCCCUAUGUAUCGCACCGGCUUCGGACGCCAUAUCUCGCGGAUAGUUCGUACCGUCAGCUCAUCUUGCAUGCUCAGUAUCCGGUUCCCGGUCAGUUGCCUCGUGGAAUUGCUGAAUACGGCUGGACAUUGGUGCUGCCUCCCUCGCAGACUGCAACAAGGCCUCAGAGGUCGCGGUACGAUAUCCCGGACCGGCCCGUUUACGGCGGGAUAAAAUCGCCGGGCCGCCUGCCGACAUCGUUUUCGUAUUCCCAGACGAGUGUCACGCGUCAGGCACGGUACAAUGAGCGAGCACCUCUGUUGCCGUCUCCCCAGCCUGCGAAUCCUCCACGGCCUCAGAGGUCGCGGUAUGAUAUCCCGGACCGGCCCGUUUACGGCGGGAUACAAUCGCCGGGCCGCCUGCCGACGUCUUUUUCAUAUUCUCAGACGAGCGUCACGCGUCAGGCACGGUACAAUGAGCGAGCACCUCUGUUGCCGUCUCCCCAGUCUGCGAAUCCUCCACGGCCAGCUCUUACAAGGCGAAUCUGGGGACGGGUUACUCACGCAGGGUACUCACGACGACUGUCGAUAGACUGGAUCAAGGUCUUUGCGUUCUUUUGGGCGCUGGUGAUUAUCCUUGCGGCAGGCUACGGAAUAUAUUGGCUCGUGGAGCACUUGGUUCAGCUGGUGGCGGCAUGUUGGCUGUGGCUGCAGCACGCCGUCACACACAUGGUGGCGGCUAUCAAGAACUGGUUUGGGAAUCUGCUGGGUCACGGGGAACUCAUCUAG